ACGGAACGUAAGGCAGAGGGGUGCAAGCUAGAAAAAUCGAAAUAAACGACAGUGAAGGGCGACGGACGAAAGGCCUAUUCCUGUGCCCAUCCACCCUACGCGGGCCACUAGAAAUCCCCCACUUGACCCGCCAGCCAAUAGCAUUCCAUGGAAACGGAUGGCUUUUCCCCGCCCGGCCAAUACCCUUCGAGAUAAGGCCCCUCCGUGGGCCCCGAAAGCCCAUCCUCCCCCUUCCGCCAAAGCGCCACGACCCCAAAAGCGCACCGUGGGCCACCCCCACCCCCGGCCCCCGACGGCUGUCCUUCCUAAAUGGAAUCAACUCCCGGAUAUUUCCCAUUCUAGACAGCACCCUUUUUCUUCACCAGACUCUGGCCGGCGUAGCAAAAUCCUGGUAUAGUAGGAAAAAAAUCGGGCAUGAGCCACCACCACUCCGACAAACAGCGCUUCUCCGCCGGCGCCCUCGGCGCCAGGACGGCGCGCGCCUGCGAUAGCUGCCUCCGUCGCCGUGCCCGCUGGUACUGUGGUGCCGAUGAUGCCUUUCUCUGCCAGGCUUGCGACUCCUCCGUCCACUCCGCUAACCCCCUCGCCCGCCGCCACCACCGGCUUCGACUGAAGACCUCCUCUUCAUCCCCUCCUUCCACUGCUAAUUCCGAAGAUGCGCCCCCGCCGUGGCUCCACGGCUUCAGGCGCAAGGCCCGCACCCCUCGUGGCAAGCCAGCGCCGGCGGGACCUCCGAAGUUAGAGCCACUCGUGCCGGACCUUGAGGCGGAUGAGAAGCUGUACAUCGAGGAGGAGCACCUCCUCUAUCGCGUGCCCAUCUUCGACCCCGUCCUCGCCGAAUUCUGCUCCCCGCCGGCGCUCGACGAGGCCAGCGGUCUCACCGACGAGGCGAAGCCUGCGGUGCAGCAGCAGCCACCCGAGCAUGCACCCGUUUUUGCAGCUGCUGCUGGGCUCCACCCGUCCGACCUGGACCUCGCCGAGUUUGCAGCCGACGUGGAGAGCCUCCUCGGUCGAGGGCUCGAUGACGACAAGUUCUGCAUCGACGCGCUGGGCCUGAUGGAUCCGGCAGAGGGUGACGACAAGGGGCGAGUGAAGCUGGAGCUGGACGUCGGUGCAGGGGGGGAAAGGAGCGACAUCGUGGCCUGCGACAUAGAUAUGGAGAUCGAUCUUUCUCGGGAGACACUGGACCUUGACUUCGGCUGUGGAUCUCCAGCAGCAGUGGAGGAACUUGAAGAUCAGAAAGCUGCAGAAGAGGCAGCCAUGGCGUCGGGUGGUGGCUGUGUAACCGAAGCAGUGGCGGCAGGUAGGAGGAUGACACUCAGGCUGGACUACGAGGCGGUCAUCGCUGCGUGGUCUUGUAAGGGUUGCUCCCCGUGGACCGACGGGGAGCGGCCGCAGUUCAACCCGGACGACUGCUGGCCCGAUUUCGCGGGAAUGAUGUGGGGCGGCGCAGGCGGAGGGGGUGGUGGAGGCGAGGUGGCACCGGUGUACGGAGAGGUGGGCAUGGUGGCGGGGAACGGAGGGAGGGAGGCGAAGGUGACGAGGUACCGGGAGAAGCGGAGGACGAGGCUGUUCUCGAAGAAGAUCCGGUACGAGGUGCGGAAGCUCAACGCGGAGAAGCGGCCACGGAUGAAGGGCCGCUUCGUGAAGCGCGCGGCGGCUCCCUUUCCUUUUUGACGACCGCUCCCGGGGGAACAAACCGCAAACGAAGAAGCCAUAGUGCAGUCCUGGUAGCACUGCCUCGCUGCUCUUUAGUAUAUAUAUUGUAGAAAUAAUAACCCUCUCUGUCUCUCUCUCGCUCGCUCGCUCGCUCGCUCUCUCGCUUGCUCUGAGAUUAGCUGUUGUUGUUGGUUUUUACUUCUGUGAAAUAGGUGGGCCUAUUUAUGUGCCUAAACCUUAAUCAGAUGUGGCUGGCCAUGCCUGUUUUUUUGCUGGAACGAACAGUUCGUCCCAGUUUCAUGUCAUCAGUGUAAAAAUCCCUUUGGUCUAGAAAUAAUAGAUGGAGGCAGAGUUAUAAUAGAAAAUCAAGUUUUUUCGAUAUUUA